AUGUCAAGCUCAGCAGAAGUCUACGCCGAGCAGCUACUCAGACGUUGCGAAGGCUACCCCCUCUGGGCUCCGGAAGUCAGCGAGCAUGGAGAAGUACUGAUUGGGGACGUGGGCGUCGUAGAGCGCGGCGCCUUCAUUCGCAUGUUCAACACAACUCGUGAUGCAAACGACGAAGCGAACAGACAUGGAGUACCCCCGGAACACAUACCAUUCAAUCCCGCCGCGUGGUCGCACAGGCGUAGAGACAACGUUUUCGGAGGAGGAUUUCUCUGCAGCGAAUUUGUGAGAAAGGUCACAGUAGAUGUCAGUGCGGGGGCUCAAGUGAACUUAGGCUUGCAAUUUGAAUGUAACCACGAGCGUGGGGCCUGUUUGAUUGUGGAAGAUCAGGGCACGCGCGAAGAGGUUACCGGGCGACGGCUCAAGAACUAUAUUCGAGAGAACAUGCCAAAGUGGUAUCAGUGGGCAGUGGACAAGCUCGACGCUGAUGUGAAGCUGGAGGACUUGAUGUUCGUCAAAGGCUGGGUGAAAACAACACGAUGGACCGUCGCAGUAUUCACACAGCAGGCUAGGAACGUCCAAUUUACCAUCGAUGCGGAGGUUGGUGCGGUUGUCGACGCAAAGGUGAAAUUCGCAACGUCAGAAUCCCAAUCGCCACAGUAUGAUCAACGGACAGGCCCACCAGAACGAACGAUCGGCAGAGGUGGGAGAAGGCAAAAUCAUGGUAAAAAUAGACCACAGACAGCGUACCCCCAGGACCAAUGUAUCCUGCUGCAUUAUUUUAAAUUGAAGAAACGCUGGAUUGGUACAAAGAUUAUGGCAGCAGCCGAGCCCAAGGACCUACCCCCUUAUUCAGAUGAUGAUUUUGAGGUAGAGGAGGUACCAUCCAAGGAUGAAGUGAGUUGCACACAAUGA